AUGAUGAACGAUCAACAAAAGAAAGAGUAUAAGAAUCAUCAUAAAGCAAUAACCAUUCUGUUGAAUGCAAUUUCUUAUAAUGAGUAUGAAAAUAUAACAAACAGAGAUUUUGCUAAGUCUAUAUUUGAUUCUUUGAAAAUGACUCGUGAGGGUAACACUCAAGUAAAGAAGAACAAGGUGCUUGCCUUGAUUCAGAAGUAUGAAGCCUUCAAGAUGGAAGACGAUGAAACUAUCGAUAACAUAUUCUCAAGUGUGCUAGAAAUGGAGAGAUAUUUUAAAAGGAAAUUUACAUCAGAGUCUCCAGAAAAUGUUGAAAGUAGAAAGUUAUCAACACCUUUAAGGUCAAUUAUUGGUGGGGAAAAGAGAUUUUUAGAAGUUGAUUUGAACAAUCUUCCAGCUGAUCCAGGAGAGAGGAAACAAAUUUCAUGUUAUCAUCCAAAUGACCGAGAUAACAUUCGAAGAGCUUAUUUGCAAAAAGGACCUUGUCAGCCUAGAGAUCAUGAUUUUCCAAAAAGAAAAAUUGGACCUCUUUUUAGGAAGUUUAAUCCUGAUUGGUUUUUGGAAUUUGGAAAUUGGUUAGAAUAUAGUGUCUCAAAAGAUGCUGUAUUUUGUUUAUGUUGUUAUCUCAUGAGAUCUGAUAUUGGAGAACAAAAAAGUAGUGAUGCUUUUUCGAUUGACGGUUUUUCAAAUUGGAAGAAAAAGGAAAGGUUGGAUAUACAUGUUGGAAAUUUUAACAGUGCUCACAAUCAAGCUUGGAGAAGUUGUGAGGCCUUAAUGAAUCAAAAACAACAUAUUGAAGUUGCUAUCAGUAAACAAUCAGACUUGAUGAAAAGAGAAUAUAGGAUUCAUUUGACUUCAGUAAUUGAUUGUAUUCGAUACCUAUUGAAGCAAGGAUUGGCAUUUCGUGGACACGACGAGUCAAUUAAUUCAAAAAAUAAAGGUAAUUUUCUUGAGCUUAUUCAUUUAGUUUCAAUACAUGAUAAAGAGUUUGAUAUGAUUCUAAAAAAUGCUCGUGGGAAUCUUAAAUUAAUGUCACCUUCAAUUCAAAAGGACAUUGUGACAGCUGCAGCUUGUGAGACCACCAAAGUUAUUGUUGAUAGUGUUAGAGAUGAUUUCUUUUCCAUUUUAAUUGAUGAAUCUCGAGAUACAUCAACUAAGGAACAAAUGUCUGUUGUUUUGCGUUAUGUUGAUAAAAAAGGAAGUGUCAUUGAGCGGUUUCUUGGUCUUGUUCAUGUUGCAAAUACAAGUGCUAUAUCUUUAAAAUUAGCAUUGGAGUCAUUGUUUGCAACACAUAAUUUAAGUUUGUCAAGAGUGCGUGGACAAGGUUAUGAUGGGGCUAGUAAUAUGCAAGGUGAAUUUAAUGGACUGAAAAGUUUGAUCUUGAAAGAAAAUAGUUCUGCAUUCUAUGUUCAUUGUUUUGCUCACCAACUUCAAUUAGCACUUGUUGCUGUUGCCAAGAAGCAAGUUGAUGUUGGUUGUUUUUUUAGUUUGGUUAACAAUGUAUCUAACAUUGUUGGAGGUUCAUGUAAACGUCAAGAGAUUCUUAGAGAAAGUCAAAUGCUUAAAGUUCAAGAAGCUUUAUUGAAUGGUGAAAUUUCUAGUGGUUCUGGAUUUAAUCAAGAAGCUACAUUGAAACGUGCUGGAGAUACAAGAUGGGGCUCACAUUAUGGUACAUUACUUAGCUUGAUCUCUUUGUUUACUUCAGUAAUUGAUGUCCUCGAAUUUGUUGAGGAAAAUGGCUCAUCAUCAGAUCAACAAAUUGAAGCUUGUCAUUUAUUGAAAAGUAUACAGUCUUUUGAAUUUAUUUUUAACUUGCACUUGAUGAAAAAUAUAUUUGGAAUUACUAAUGAUUUAUCUCAAGCAUUGCAAAGAAGUGAUCAAGAUAUUGUAAAUGCUAUAUCAUUAGUUAGAGUUUGCAAAGGCAGGUUACAAGGUAUGAGAGAUAAUGGUUGGCAUACUUUACUAAAUGAAGUAUCAUUAUUUUGUGAGAAACAAAAUAUUAGCAUUCCAAAUAUGGAUGAUGCACUCAUUACACAAGGAAGAUCGAAGCGUAAAGCUCAAAAAAAUUCAAAUCUACAUCGUUUUCAAGUUGAGUUAUUUUAUGAAGUGAUUGAUAGACAACUUCAAGAGCUUAACAAUAGAUUUAACGAGGUGAACACUGAGUUGCUUCUUUGUGUAGCAAGCUUAAAUCCAAGAGAUUCAUUUUUUGCAUUUGAUAAGGAGAAGUUGAUUCAUUUGGCUAAGUUUUAUCCAUCAGAAUUUUCUCAUGUGGAGCUUAUUGUGCUUGAUAGUCAGCUUGAGACUUUUAUCAUAGAUCUUCGGUCUGAUGAUAAAUUUUCAAAGUUAAAUGGAAUCACUGAACUUUCUGAAAUGUUGGUGAAAACUAAAAAGCAUAUUGUGUAUCCAAUGAUAUUCUUACUUGUGAGGUUAGCUUUGAUUUUACCUGUGGCAACUGCAACUGUUGAAAGAUCUUUCUCUGCCAUGAAUUUUGUGAAGAAUGGUUUACGCAAUCGCAUGGGAGAUGAGUGGUUGAAUGAUUGUUUAGUUACAUAUAUAGAGAGUGACAUAUUUGAUGAAGUGGACAAUGAAAAAAUCAUUGAACAUUUUCAAAAUAUGAAAACUCGUAGAGGACAAUUGUAA